AUGAUCGCCUCGUUGAUUCGCUCCCGGAAAAGGUCAAAACGAAUCGUUGCGUAUGCAGUUUUUCUUUUUGGUUUUCUGGCGAUUUGGUGCUCCUUUUCAUUGGCCUUGGUUUUCCUGAGUGAUUUCUACUUUGGUGAAAAGCCCAUUCAAUCUCAAAAAUCAUCGAAACAAAUUGGAAGAUCAAACUUUCAUGUAGUAGUAGGACACUACAACGGAAAUUUACCAGAAGAAAAAAAACGAAAUCUGACAUCAGAUGAACUGAACGCUAACCUAUACUCGCCUCAUGAUGAUUGGGGAGAAGGUGGGACUGGAGUAUCCCAUCUGACUCCAGAACAACAAAAAAGAGCAGAUUCCACAUUUGCUGUUAAUCAAUUCAAUUUACUGGUCAGUGAUGGAAUAUCGGUCAGAAGAUCACUACCAGAAAUCCGAAAACCAUCGUGUAGAAACAUCACGUAUCCUGAAGAUCUUCCGACAACAUCUGUAAUUAUUGUCUAUCAUAAUGAAGCGUACUCAACACUUCUACGAACUGUCUGGAGUGUAAUUGAUAGAUCCCCAAAGCAUUUGCUGAAAGAAAUAAUUCUGGUUGACGACUUUUCGGAUAGAGAAUUUCUUCGUUAUCCGAAGCUAGACGAAUCAAUAAAACCUAUUCCAACUGAUAUCAAAAUCAUUCGAUCCAAAGAGAGAGUUGGUUUAAUCAGGGCAAGAAUGAUGGGUGCUCAGGAGGCUCAAGGAGAUGUACUGACUUUUUUGGAUUCACACUGUGAAUGUACAAAAGGAUGGUUGGAACCACUUUUAACAAGAAUAAAACUGAAUCGAAAAGCAGUUCCAUGUCCAGUGAUUGAUAUCAUUAAUGAUAACACAUUCCAAUAUCAGAAAGGAAUCGAAAUGUUUCGAGGUGGAUUCAAUUGGAAUUUGCAAUUCAGAUGGUACGGUAUGCCCUCAUCAAUGGCAAAACAACAUCUUUUGGAUCCAACCGGACCAAUUGAAAGUCCUACAAUGGCCGGCGGUCUUUUUUCAAUAGAUCGAAAUUAUUUUGAAGAACUUGGAGAAUAUGAUCCUGGAAUGGAUAUUUGGGGUGGAGAAAAUCUCGAAAUGAGUUUCAGGAUUUGGCAAUGUGGUGGCCGUGUCGAAAUUCUUCCAUGCUCUCAUGUUGGCCACGUCUUCAGAAAAUCCUCCCCUCAUGACUUCCCAGGAAAAUCCAGUGGAAAAGUGUUAAAUGCAAAUCUCUUGAGAGUUGCUGAAGUAUGGAUGGAUGAAUGGAAAUACUAUUUCUAUAAAAUCGCCCCGCAAGCCUAUCGAAUGCGUCCAUCAAUCGAUGUUUCCGAGAGAGUGGAGCUUAGGAAAACGUUGAAUUGCAAAAGUUUCAAAUGGUAUCUCCAGAAUGUGUUCAAGGAUCAUUUUCUACCAACUCCAUUAGAUAAAUUUGGAAGGAUGACGUCAUCUUCUAAUUCAAGUGCAUGUUUGGCAUGGGCUCUUCGUUCAUCUGGUAUCAAGACUCCAGCAACUACCGAUUGUCUUGAAAUAUUUCAUAAAACUCAGAUUUCUAAUUCGAAAUAUUGCGCUGCUUAUCGUCCAGGGGACACUGGCCCCAAGAAUCAUAGAUUACUUGGUGCACCGUGUACAAUGGGUCUAGACUUAUGGCAGUUGUGGCUGUAUACUGGAGACCAUCGAUUAAGAACUGAUGAACACUUGUGUUUAACAGUUGUUCAAUUACUUCAUACCUCCUCGGAUUGGAAGAUUCAACUGAAAGAAUGUGCAGGAUUCGACACAGAGUAUUGGGAUUUUAAGCCAAAUAUCGGUCGUUUCAAAAAUCGAAAGACUGGUUUGUGCUUGGCCUCUCCUGAUAUUUUCGAUCCUUCAAAAGACGAAUUCAAUCCACCAAUUUUAGACAAAUGUAGGAAUUCAGAUGAAAAACAAAAAUGGACAAUAACCGAGAUGCCGUGGCUCCCGGAGCACAUUUAA